CGCGUUCAAAAGUAGGUAACGAAGACCUGAAUUGCGAUUUCAUUAUUCCACUUCACUACACAAUUUCAAUUACAAUCACAAGCCCAGACCUCACGUUCAAAUAAACUCACAUACUAUCACUCAAAAUGGCAUCUCAAGCAGCAUGUAUCUUCUGCAAGAUAAUCAAAGGAGAUAUUCCCUCUUUCAAACUCUACGAAUCGGAAAAGGUGCUUGCGUUUUUGGAUAUUAAUCCUUUGUCCAAGGGUCACGCUCUCGUAAUUCCCAAACAUCACGGCGAGAAAUUGGUCGAUAUUCCCGAUGAUCAGUUAGAGGAGAUUCUGCCCGUAGUAAAGAAACUCGUCGUAGCAACCGGUGCGGAAAAUUACAAUGUGCUACAGAAUAACGGACGUAUUGCGCAUCAGGAAGUUGAUCACGUACAUUUCCAUAUGAUUCCCAAACCCUCCACCGAAGAAGGCAUGUCCAUCGGCUGGCCGCAACAAAAAACAGACAUGGACAAACUAAAAGCUCUCUUUGCAGAGAUAAAAUCAAAGAUGUAAAUAACUAUAAAUAUCCGUUGUAUUUAGAAGCGAGCAAGCAAGCAAAGAAGCGAAGCAGGCGUUAAGAAUCAAUACUUUCCAAUGAGUUAUUGGAGAGAGGAAGAACAGUUUUAUUCCAGAGGUAUUUUUUAUCUAUUUAUAAGAACCUCGGGGUGUAUUGUAUGUAGGGUGCAGGAAGAUGAUAGCUUUGGUUUGGUUUGGCUAGGUGAUUUACUGAUUGAUCAAUGAUGAAUGCUGAAUGAUGAAUGAAAUAAAUGAGAAGAGAUUGAAAAGAUACAAGAUAUGAUAAAUCACACCUCUCAAAAAG